UUCUUAAAUGAAAAAAAAACAAGUCUUCACUUCUCUUCUUAAACCUAAUUUAGAAGCCGUUCGGUACUCUUUUGGGCUAGGAUUACUUCAAAGCUACCAUGCAUCCCAAUUUGGGCCUCUAACCGGGUUUUUGAUCCCAUUCUCCGUAGGCCCCUCCACCAAUCACUCACCACUUCAACUGUUUCCACAGUCCAACCAUUCUCUGACACUCGCCCGUUAUUCCCGCCAUGAUUCUCGCCCACUCCUCCCGCCAUUUCUCCACCGUCCGAUUCACCCUCCCCACCUCAUCUUCCCCUGCGCCUCCCCGCACCGGAAUCCUCACCUCUUUCCCCCGCCGCUCCCAUUUCAAAUGCAGCUCCGCCCUCCCCUUCGCCGCCGACACCGCCAAGCACUACAGAGAACUCGAAGCCGCCAUCGCCGUCGUCGAAACCGCCUCCAACCUCUGCGUCGAGGUCCAAACGGCGUUGGCGUCGAGCGCCGGCGGGGUUCUCGAGAAGAACGACCAGACUCCGGUCACCGUCGCCGAUUUCAGCGUCCAGGCACUGAUCAGUUUAGAGCUGGGGAGACGAUUCCCGUCGAUUCCGUUGGUGGCGGAGGAGGACUCGGCGUCGGUGAGGGAGAAUAAUCUGGUGGAGCCGGUGGUGAGUGCGGUGGUUGAUAAGGCCGGCGCCGGGGAGACGCCGUUGACGGCGGAGGAUGUGUUGGAGGCGAUUGAUAGAGGCGGACCGGAGGCUUUUAGAUUCGGAGCUCAGCCGGCGACGUAUUGGUUACUGGAUCCAAUUGAUGGCACAAGAGGAUUUGUGAUGGGGAACAAGGCGUUGUUUGUGGUAGGUUUGGCUCUUGUAGUUGACGGGGAGAUUGUAUUAGGUGUCAUGGGCUGCCCGCACUGGCAGGAAUCGAACAAAUGUAUCAAUGGAGUCCAGGAAGAGAAGAGCAUUCCAUCUGAAACAGGGCUUCUUAUGGUCUCUCAUAUUGGUUGUGGCACGUGGACAAGAAGUUUAUCAUCUGUGUAAAUGGCACGCCGCACGCCAAAGAUUCCUUAUUCUUGGACCCGUUGCUUUGUUGAUGGCUGUUCUGUGGUGGCUCAGGCACGCUUUUGUAUCAUAGAGAGUGAACCAUGGGAGGCAUUGCCACCGUCAGCUUUCUUUACCUCAACAACUAAUGCUGAUAGUGUUGGUGAGGGUCAAGUUCUCGUUUUGAAACCUUGUUGUGGAAGUUUAUGCAAGUAUUUAUUGGUGGCUUCAGGUAGGGGUUCUGUUUUCAUUCAGCGACAGAAAGAAAAAGUUAUUAAGGCUUGGGAUCACGCUGUUGGUAUUAUAUGUGUGCUUGAAGCAGGGGGAAGGGCAACUGACUGGAAAGGGAAUCAAGUUGAUCUUGCAGCAGAUGAAGCCGGACGGAGGAGUAUAUACCCUCAAGAUGGUUUCCUUGUGAGUAAUGGCAAGUUACAUAACCAGCUUCUGGAACUGAUAUCUUCCACUUCAUCAACAGUUUUACGCUAGUCGUAUUUUAAUAUGCGAAUUUUUCUUCACUCAUUUUUUCAACACAUGAUUGUAAUAAUCUUGGACAGCAGGUAAUAACAUUACUUCAUCUGUCAUCACAUUAUGAAUUCUUUGGAAAUUCAUAUGAUAGUAGUGAUUCACCUUCACAACAGUCUUAAUUACCGUCAUAUGCGUUCUUCUCCAACUACCAGAUCUUACUACAAGGGAAAC